GAUCUAGAUAUAACUUUAGAUAUAAUAAGCAAUUACUUUAAGAAGGUGCUUUAUAAAGAAGGAAGUGAAAUCUUAAAUUCUAAGGUUAUUAAAGAUAUCUUACUAGGAAUUAAAAAGAUAUCACUAUCUAAUAAUAUUAGAGAAGUAAUAGAUUUAAAGGAGUUCAUAAACCCUAUAAAAGAAGAGGUUAAUAAUAAUUUAAUAGAUAUAGAUAAAGGUAUCCUAGCUCAGUAUUUACUAGAGAAUAAUACUAUUAAAGAGGAUAAUACUAAUAAAGAAGAGACCUAG